CGACAAUGACCAGGACGACGGUGACAACGACGACGAUAGCGACCGCGACCCCCACAACUACAACUACCACAGUAUUAAUGGCGACAACCGAACACCGUAAACACACUCCAGUUCCAUUUCUACUCGAGGCAUUUCCUAUACCACCAUCACAUAUUCCACCAUCGCCUAAUCCACCACCUUCACUACCACCUACUGCACCACUACCCCCAGUUCCAGGUCCAUCUCCUGAUGCAAUCCUUUUCCUUCGUCGUCUAUCCACUUCUAGUUCAGAUCAUUCACUUCGAACUAGAACCAGAGCCGGAAGUUUAUCAAGUUUACGCUCAUUCCAAAAGAAACCUUCCUACGAUCUAACCCAUAAUACAAUAUCAGAAGAAGGCCCCCCAUCAGAACUCGAAAGACCUCGCUCAACAAGUCCAGACGUUCCAGCUAUCAUACAAGCAACCUCACGUUCACGUUCACGCCCUCGUACGCGUAGAUCAUCAGACUUACCCAGUCAUGAGUUAGACCAAGAAGAUGCUGCCGACUCGGAUUCAAGCAUCGAUCUCCAUACCCCCUUACCCCAUCUCAUGCUCAGACACGGCCUUCUCUCUCCCCACUCAAAACUCCUCCCACCAUCACCUCUACCCCAAAGUCGUCUCUCCAUAGCUUCACAAGCUUCCCUCCAGUCUACCUUCUCCGACGCUUCAUUAAUAACAAAUAGUUCCACUGGAAGCAAACAUCCAAAAGAUUCAAGAGACACACCUAGUAGACGCGUCAGGCAUCGUGAUGGAAGGUUAUUGAGAGGAGGCAUCGGCCUCACAACUGGUUUGGGCUGGAGUGAUAGCGAAGACGAAGACGCCCCCUCCCCACUCACACGUCGUCUCUCAGCCCUCAACCUCUCCCGACGCUCGUCUGCUGCAUCCAUAUCCACAUCUCAAUCUUACUCCUCCCUCCGCUCCCCACACCCCCUCUCACGCAGCAUAUCCCACUCUAUCCUUCGCGAAGAAGAGAAUGAAGAAGACGUGGAUGAAUUUGGCCGCAUUGUCCGAAUACGCGACUUCCCACCCACAGAUUACGGGCCCGACGACCCAUUCUCCAAAAGCCUCCCACUCAACAGAAGCAGAAGCAAAACCAAACCUGUUACCUCCCGCUCAAAAACCCGCCCUCACAAACUCAAAGACGACGACGCUCGGGUUUCCAUCCUACUUGAAGAUGGGAUUACCCCCACCCGCGCAGAUUUUCGCACCAGCACAGGGUCGAGUUCUAGUGGACUCGGCACGGGCACGGGUGGUGGGAUUGGUAAUGGUUCGAGCACGGCUUCUACUUCGUCGCUAUCCAUUCCCUUCCCUGCGACGCCCCAGAGCCCAGUACCGUUCUCGGAGACGAGUACUAACACCUCCUCAGGCAUGGGUUCGAGUCAUCCAACACACCAGCUAUCGCUAUCUCACUCAUCUACCCUGUCGUUAUCCAACAUCGACAAAUCGCUCCCUCCGCUCCCCUUGACCCCAAAGAAAUACCCGCCAUCGCUUUCGAGGAUGAGGACGUAUUCGAGCACGUCGAGCGUUGGCUCUGUGGAGUUCAGUGGAGGGCUUAAGGUCAAUGUUAAUGGUGGUGAGACUGGGACGGGAACACCCAGGCCUUCAUUAAGUGGUGUGCCAAGGCCUUCGUUGGGCGCUACGCCUCGACCGUCUUUGGGCAGUGUUCCGAGGUCUUCGUUGGGCGGUGUGCCCCGACCGUCUUUGGGUAGUGUCCCGAGGUCUUCGUUGGGUGGUUCGCGCCGACCGUCCUUGUGUGGUGUACCCCGCCCGCUAUUAAGUACCCCCCGGCCCUCGAUGAGCCACAGCCUAUCUGUAUCCAACAGCUCAUUGUCGACGCCUAAUCCGUCUCUAUUGACAGGGCAGAGCGACCACAGUGGAGGUGUAUUCUCUGUGCCAUAUGUGAACGCAAGCACACGGGACAGCAGCUUCAUGGACCCAAGGGAUAGCGACUUCGCGAACCCCAGAGAUAUCAGCACUAUCACUAUCCCAAGUAACUCAAACGCCCGAGAAAGUGUCCUAAGCCUGAGGGAAAGCGGCUCGCAAAGCCCUCUUCCGCGCACCUUCAAGCUCCUCCAACCAGGUGAACAGCCCUUACGGCCAGGGGCAGUACUGACGUAUAACCGGAACGUGCAUGAUCAGCUCAAGCGUACGCAUUCACAGCCACAGUCUCCGUUGACGCAGUCGCAUACGCCGAUUCUGCCUUUGUCGCCUGUGAUGCGGACACUUGUGAUGCCUAGUUCUUCGGGGAGUGUUGGGGGUAUAGUGGGGAUAGGGAAUGGAGAUAGGCCAAAGUCACGGACAGGAACGGGGAUGGUGUAUCGUUCGUCCUCAGGUCAUCCGGGAAGUAGGAUGAGGGUGCCGAGUACUGUUAGGCCUAGUGGGAUUGGUGUUGCGUUGUAAGUGGUGACUGGAGCGAUGUGAUGUGAGGCGAUGGGCAACCAUCAGCAGGCGGUGGACUGUGUGCAACAAAUUUCGAUCCCAGUGAGGUCGGAUGGACUUAGUGCGUUCUUGUACCUGAGACUCUGUCUCAGAUACUCUGGGGAAUAUCUUACUACCCCGCGGGCAUCAAGGUGCUGUGUUUUUCCGCCGCAUGUUUACCUGGAGACGA